AUUAUUCCAUGGUAGUACAAAGCAAUACUAGUGGAGAAAGUAAGGGCACAGGGAAGAAAUGCAAACAUGGUGCUGAUGCCGCUGAUGGGAAAUGUUGUAACAAGAAUGGUACCCCCAGUGGUGGUAGGAUCACUGUUAGGGGUACCGAUUGCGUUAAUCAUGAAUGUAAGCAUUGUGGUAUUAGUCCUGGUUGUGAGAAGUGUACUCGUUGUACAAACAAGUGCCACCUUUCGGCCUACAGCAAGAGCACUGCUCUCUGGACUACCAUAGUCAAUGCUAACACAGGUAAGUACCCAUUAGUACUGACAGUGACUGGUGGUAUAGCAGGUAGUUCUACUACUAAUAAUGACCCCUCUAAGGUCCACCUCCUGGCCCGUAUUUUCCUAGGGUCAGUAUGUCUCAUCUGGAGUGGACUCAGUCAGUUGGGGUUCCUAACUGGAAAGGGUGGUGAUCAGAGGUGGAGGGAGAAAACAUUGACUAGUGAGAGUGAGGGCCUCGGCUCAUUCAUGGCGGCCAUGGGCUAUGACCUGGAGAGGUUGAAUCAGGGAGGUAAGUACUCUCUAGGGUAGUCAUGUGGACAA